UUUUUCUUCGGUCGCAUACAAAUACAAAAAAAAACGAGAAAAGUUGCAGUGCAAAAGUGAAAAAAAAGUUAUUAAACAAUUAAAAAUUAACUAGAAUUCUCGAAAAAUAAUAAAAAACUAAAAAAUAAUACUAUUAUAAGUGUAAAAGAACUGAAAAAAAGCCAUUAAAGAUGUUUCGCACAGCUUUUGAUAAAAAUUUGGAUACUGCCACCAGCCACUUGCAACUGGAGCCAGAAUGGCCUGCUAUAAUGUUGAUAUGCGAUGCGAUCAAUCAAAAGGAUACCACUCCAAAGGCCGCCUUUGCUGCCAUAAAAAAGAAAAUGAAUUCCACAAAUCCCCAUACGGCUUACUACGCUCUAUUGGUUUUGGAAAGUGUUGUUAAGAAUUGUGGUGCUCCUAUGCAUGAUGAAGUUUUCACCAAGGAAAAUUGUACCAUGUUUAGUCAAUAUUUAGAAUCGACUACUCAUGAAAAUGUGCGUGGUAAAAUGCUGGAAUUGGUCCAAACCUGGUCUUAUGCAUUUCGUAAUACGGAUAAAUAUCAGGCCAUAAAGGAUACUAUGACUAUUUUAAAAACUAAAGGUCAUCAAUUUCCCGAACUAAAAGAAGCCGAUGCCAUGUUUACCAUGGACACUGCACCCAAUUGGACGGAUGGUAAAAAAUGUCAUCGUUGUCGUGAUGAUUUUUCAUUUACUAAUCGCAAACAUCAUUGCCGCAAUUGUGGUCAAGUGUUUUGUGGUCAAUGCACUAGUAAACAGUGUCCUUUACCUAAAUUUGGUAUUGAAAAAGAGGUACGUGUAUGUGAUGGCUGUUUUGCUCAAUUGCAACGUCCCGCUACUGUUAAAGCAACCACUGCACGCACUGCUACUGAGAGUGAUUUGCCAGCGGAGUAUUUAAAUAGUUCAUUGGCCCAGCAAGUGCAGACACCUCCCCGUAAAACGGAGCAAGAAUUGAAAGAGGAAGAAGAACUACAAUUGGCUUUGGCAUUGAGUCAGUCCGAAGCAGAAAGUAAAAAACAGCAGCAGCAACAACAAUCUUUAACAGCCACUGCUUAUCGCUUGCAACAACGUACACCCAGUCCCGAGGCACCACCAGUACCUAAGGAAACCCAAGCAGAAGAAACCAAUCAUUUGGCAAAAUAUUUAAAUCGUUCGUAUUGGGAACAGCGCAAAGUUAGUGAUUCACCCAUGGCUAGUCCAUCGGCUCCUAGUCCCAUGCCACCAACACCACAACCCCAGCAGCAGCAAAUGACUUUAACAGCUAAUGAUUUUCGUCCCACAACGGAUGAACAGAAAAUUGAUGAAUUUGCUGCCAAUAUGAGGACGCAAGUAGAGAUUGUUAAUCGCAUGAAAUCGAAUUCGAGUCGUGGACGUAGUAUCUCUAAUGAUAGUUCAGUACAGACUCUCUUCAUGACCCUUACAGGUCUUCACUCCCAGCAGUUGUCUUAUAUAAAAGAAUUGGAUGACAAACGCAUGUGGUAUGAACAAUUGCAAGAUAAAUUAGUGCAAAUUAAAGAUUCUCGUGCCGCCCUGGAUGAUUUACGCAACGAACAUGCCGAUAAAUUAAGACGCAUGGCCGAGGAACAGGAACGCCAGCGUCAAAUACAAAUGGCCCAAAAAUUGGAGAUAAUGCGCAAAAAGAAACAGGAAUAUCUACAAUAUCAAAGACAAUUGGCUUUGCAUCGCAUACAAGAGCAGGAACGUGAAAUGCAAAUGCGCCAAGAGCAACAAAUGGCUCAAUAUCGCAUGAAUCAAACUGCAUUUAAUUUUAUGCCCAAUAUGGCGGGAAUGCCACCACAAGGUUCAAUUCCACAAAUGCCUGGUGUCUAUAAUCCCUACUCACCUAGUCACACUACAGCUGGGGCUGGAGUAGUUGGUAUGCCCGGCCUCUUAUCCUACUCAAAGCAGAGCUCCACAAAAUGGCCAGAUCAACAGCCAGUAACUGGCUAUCACCACAUCAACAGCCACACCACAACACAACAGCAGCAGGCCACCACAAGCAACAAAAUGGCACCACCACCCAGCAGGCAAUCAACAACACCACUUAGCCCCUGUAAUGUUGCAACAACAGUUAUGCACGGAUCAAUCUCCCCUACCCAAUAUAGGCAGUCCCCGCUAACCAGGAAUGUAGCCAGUAGUACCCUCAGCAUCAGCCACAAACAACAGGCACCAACAGCAAGAAUGUUGCUCCCACAACUAUGGCGCAAGUUCCACCACCCACCGGGCACCACAAACCAAGCAGCUGCUCCCACUAUUCCCACACCACAAGCCUCAUCCCAAAUCCAAGCUGUACAAUCAGCCCCUGCUCCCCCACAAAACGAACCCGAACCUGCUGCUCCACCAGCAGUAGAAGAACCUGCUACCGCUGAAUUAAUAAGUUUCGAUUAA